AUGAAUGUGGGAUCAAUGCUACAUUUAGAUAACAUGAAUAAUUUGAAAUUUGAGCUUUAUGAUUUUUAUGUAGAAAUUCACAAUAUUGGAUUUUCACUUACCUUGAAAAUAAUGAAAACUGCAGUAGGUUAA